AUGGAACCCGAGUUGCAUAGCUGUACCGAUACAGGAUCAGCUACUGAGAAAGGCAGUGGCCCAGCUAGAAGCAACCCAUACUAUACGCCCCGCAAGCGUAGUUACCCAGAAUCAUCUUAUUCUGGUUCUCCUACCAGAUCAGAGAACUCUCCUAAGCGUAAUUUUGAUUCGUCUUCAUCAACAAAGUCAGACAAGUUUGUCUGGAGAAAUGCCUUCAACCCUGUCCCAGUUAUUGAAGAACUGGGCACUGCCAGCGACACUUCCCCUGAGAGCCCGGCAGACCUGCUUGAGUUCAAUAUCGUCAUCAAUCCAGCUUCUGCCCUUGGCGGCGAAGAUGAUGAGGUGUCAUCGGAGUCGUACUCCAGCACGCCGCCCCCAUCGGACGAGAACUAG